AUGAUCGCACGAAGAGUCGCCCUCCAGGCCACCCGCCAGUCCAUCCGCCCAGCACAGCGCGUCCAGCGCCGAUUCGCAUCCGGCAAUGUUUCUGCCGCUGACCAAGGCGGCGAGGUCGCCGACCCAAACGUCCUCAAGAAGGGCGCCAAGCGGGAUCCUGAGCUCUACAUCCUCCUCUCGAUCAUGACCGGCGCCUUUGCCCUCGCAGGCUGGCAUUUCUCCCGCAACCCAACAUCUUCCUCCUCCGAGAACAGCGUCGCAAAGGUCCACGGCUCCGAGCCAUGGAACACGGGCUCCGAUGCGCGAUACCAGUACCACCCUGGCGGUGACCCAUCUAAGGGAAAGAAGGAUGCACCAAGUGCGUUGAACGAGGUUAUCAUUCCGAAUGUGAACUUGCCAAAGCUUGCACGAGAAGUACAACAAGUGGGGCAAGGAGGGAUACUAGAUGCGAAUGCAGAAGGGAGCGGAUAUGAAGGAAGGACUGUGUAUAUGAGGCAGCAUCAGGAAGGCGAUUGUGUUGAAGCAAUAGAGUGGUCCGUUUGGGCUAGGUAUCAGCAAUUCUCUUAUGUCGCACGUCACAAGCCUCCGAUAUAUGCUCUCAGUUUCCAUACUGACCACAGCCCACCGAGAUCAUCGAUUGAAUGA